AUGAGUGAAUUUUGGUUGUGUUUCAACUGCUGUAUUGCAGAACAGCCUCAGCCUAAAAGACGACGGCGGAUUGACCGAAGCAUGAUUGGGGAACCAACAAAUUUUGUUCACACAGCUCAUGUAGGAUCAGGAGACCUAUUCAGUGGAAUGAAUUCGGUCAGCUCAAUUCAGAACCAAAUGCAGUCCAAGGGAGGCUAUGGAGGUGGCAUGUCCGCAAAUGUUCAGAUGCAGCUUGUAGAUACAAAAGCAGGAUAA